UUGUUCUAUUUUUUUGCUGAAGAAAUCAACUUGAAAAUAGCCAGGGGAUUUUGUUUGUGUGACUGUCACUCCGGCCCCUCUGACACAGCACGUAGGACACUUGAGAGGAAAGGAAGAACAACAGACAAGGCUGAGAUUGACAGCAAUGGACAACAAACUCUGACUUUCAUUUGAAUAAUUCCAUUUUGAGCUCCUGCCACCAUAGCACAUGCUGAUGGUACCAGCAAAUACACUAUAAGAGGUUUGGAAUAUUUUCAAAGGGACAAUUUCUUUCACUGUAGCAUGUUUGUACAUGCUUCAAUUUGUCCAGAGUGACACUUCCUCAAAACAGAACAAAUUACCGAUAUUCAUCUAAACAGCCGAAGAUCAGUCAUGCACUCCAGGUCAGUCCACUUUGACCUCCUGCUGCUGCUGGGUGUGCUGCUUUUAUGGGGACCUUCAGAGUCCAGGGCCCAGAACGACACAGAGCCAAUCAUCCUUGAGGGGAAAUGUUUAGUCGUAUGUGACUCUACUCCUUCGUCCGAGCCGGCCGGGAACGCCCUUGGCAUGUCCGUCCGCUCCGGCUCUGGUCGGGUGGCCUUCUCGGUCAGUCGCCAGACCAAUCAUGAGCCCACGGACAUGAGCAACCGCACCAUGAUCAUCUAUUUUGAUAAUAUUUUGGUGAAUGUCGGCACUCACUUUGACCAAGAGAGCAGUGUCUUCCUGGCACCAAGGCGAGGAGUGUACAGCUUCAACUUCCACGUUGUAAAGGCUUACAACAGACAAACUAUACAGGUCAGUCUGAUGUUGAAUGGCUGGCCGAUGAUUUCAGCUUUUGCUGGUGACCAGGAUGUGACCAGAGAAGCAGCCACCAACGCCGGUCUGGUGAUUAUGGAGAAGGGGGAUAAGGCCUACCUCAGACUGGAGAGAGGUAACCUGAUGGGAGGCUGGAAGUACUCCACCUUCUCUGGGUUUCUCGUCUUCCCCUUGUGAGGAAGGUGAACGGAGAGCAGACCAGCGUGCUCGUAUGGCUGAUAGGAGGAGGACUAGUCAGAAAGUGAUGGAGCGGGGAGAGACAAGUUUCAAUCUGUAACUCAUUAUGACGCGCAUGGGGAAAAAAAAUCAUAUUUUAUGCAAAAUGCAGAGAUGAUUGUGCAAUUUCCAAUUAUUUUCAAAUGAGGGGAACAAAGAACUAUGUUUGUGGAUUUGUUUUUGCUCUAUUUCUGUAUAUAAAUAUUAGAUGGGUUUGUUUCACAUAUAUUUUCAUUGUAAAAUUAUAAAGUGGCCAUGUGCAAUGUAGGCUUCUGUGCAAAGACUACUGUGAGAGUAUCUCUGUCUUUAUUUAACAUGUUUGAACCACUGCUGUGCUCCACAUGGCAGCCUGUGUAGCUUAAACCUGCCAAAUGUACCCUUUAACCUGCUGUGCUGUUGUAUGCCUGUUAGUCUCCUGUUUAUUUACACAGAUAUUUCUAUUGAGGAGAAAGAUUGAAAUAAAAUACAAUGGAGUUGGA